AUGGACGCUUCUCGGGAUUCAGCGCACGACGCAGAGGCGGCAGUCUCUAACGUGCCAAGUGCUAGCGACACGGGCGAUUCCGCCCUCCUAGCGAAAAUGGGGUAUAAGCAGGAAUUGCGUCGACAGUAUUCCACGCCCCAUGUUUUUGCGAUCGCGUUUAGUAUUAUGGGACUGGUACCUUCUAUCGCUUCCACUAUCGCGUUUUCGCUACCUGCGGGCCCGGUCGGCAUGGUUUGGGGGUGGUUUACGGCGAGUAUCUUUAUUUUCAUUGUUGGACUUGCAAUGUCUGAUCUUGCAUCUGCCAUGCCUACGGCUGGAGGUCUAUAUUGGUGGACUCAUUAUUUCGCCGGCCCGAAAUAUAAAAGUCCUUUGAGCUUUUUGAUUGGAUAUAGUAAUACGCUUGGCUUGAUUGGUGGGAUCUGUUCUGUGGACUAUACCCUCGCUCUCAUGAUCAUUUCCUGUGUUAGCAUCGCGCGCGAUGGCGCAUGGUCGGCUUCUCGCGGUGAGAUCUACGCGAUGUACGUCGCAUUGAUCCUCAUCCAUGGAUUCUCCGGUUCUUUCAUGGGGCGAAUCAUGCCGAAGAUCCAGACAUUCUGUAUCUACAUCAACAUUGCGCUGGUGAUCGCCACUGUGAUCGCGUUACCGGUUGGCAAGAUCACGCGAGGCGGAUCAUUAAAUUCGGGCAAUUACGUGUUUCGUCAUAUUGAUAAUGAGACGACAUGGCCAACUGGAUGGGCCUUUAUGCUAGCAUGGCUAGCUCCGAUCUGGUCUAUUGGGUCUUUCGACUCUUGUGUGCAUAUGAGCGAAGAAGCGAUGCAUGCUGCCAAAGCUGUACCACUCGGAAUUAUGUUCUCUGCUGGGUCAGCUUGUGUGCUUGGAUUUUUGGUAUUGAGUGUAAUGGCUGCUACUAUGAAUCCUGAUGUCUCGCAGACAAUCAAUACUCAAUUUGGUCAGCCUAUGGCGCAGAUCUACUACGAUGCACUAGGGAAAGAAGGAGCUCUAGGCUUCAUGAUUGUCCUGUGCAUAAUUCAAUAUCUCAUUGGUCUCAGCUUGAUCGUGGCCGCAUCGCGCCAAGCAUGGGCAUUUUCCCGUGACGGCGCACUGCCAUUCUCUACCUUCUUCCGCCACGUCAGCAAUCGCAUUCAGUACCAGCCCGUUCGCAUGGUCUGUGGUCUGGUGAUAGUGUGUUUGGUUCUAGGACUGCUGUGUCUGAUCAACAACGCCGCUGCAAACGCCCUCUUCUCGCUUUUCGUUGCGAGUAACUACUUAUCUUGGGGUACGCCAAUAUUUUGCCGCUUGGUUUGGGGGCAGGAUCGGUUCCGUCCUGGUGAAUUUUACACAGGGCGGUAUAGUAAGCCUAUUGCGUGGGUCGCGGUUGUUUACCUUGUUUUUGGGGUUGUUUUGUCCAUGUUUCCCAGUGGAGGACCUGACCCAGCUCCUUCCGAUAUGAACUAUACGAUUGUAAUUAAUGGAUUUGUUUGGAUUGGGUGUAUGAUCUAUUAUUUUAUUUUCGCACGACAUUGGUACACAGGGCCGAAGAUGACUGUCGACGAGGGUGGAUCGGUUGACUCGGAUAACACAAUGCCCGCCCCUGUCGAUCUCCAGCAAGCUUCUAAUGACCACAAACAAGAGUGA